GCGUCACGCUGGGAGGAGAGGGACGGGACUGCCGGGUAGAGCCUGAACACAUAAAUACACACCUACUAAAGUCCAGAGCAGCACUCUAACCACACCACUGACUGCACUGUACAUGAAGAGGAAUUAACUUCAGCUUAAACUCUCUCUCACACAGAGGCACGGACUUUCCUCUUUUUGAGACACCUCAUCUUCAUCUGCCUACACUUCCCAUCAAGACAUUAUUUAGACCUAAACCAACCUACAACUGAAAGAUCCCUCCCUACUGGGCUGCUUUUGGAGGGACCAUGCAGUCCCUGAAGAAGUACUUUACAGAAGGCCUGAUUCAGGUGGCCAUACUGCUCAGUCUAGCUGGGAUACGAGUAGAUGUGGACCCCUACCUUCCCCCUCUCGCUGAGAUCAUCCAAGGCCAAAGCUCAGCUCUGACCCAGACCCAGUUCCACAACCUCCAGAACUCGCUGGAUGGAUACAGCCACCACCUGAAGAGCGUGGACCUGGAUGGGUUCUUCACAACCCGCAGACUCCUGCGCUGGGUGCGCUCUCUGGACCACCUGCAGGUCCCAGCGGCGCAGCUCGAAACCUGGCUGGUCCACAGGGAACCUGAGAACAGUGUGACGGUAAUACCGGGGCAGACCGGGGCACUGGAUGGGGCUGAUGGGCUGGUGAACAUGGAGGAGUCUGCAGGAUUGACCAUGAGGAUGGGAAGUGGAGUGAUGACAGAUUUGGGAUAUGGCUCAGUUGGGGAUGAGAACAUGGAGGACGUGUCCCAACUCUUAAGGAAUCAAAUGGAUAACGAAGACAUUAAAGAGGAUGCAGAUGAAAUUCCAAUGUGGCAACAAGAACUCAAUCAUAACAUCCAUCAGCAGCAGCUGCCUGAGGAUCUUAACCAACAGCACAGCCUGUUUAAUGAAGAGGACCAGGAUGAAUUAAUGAUGAAUGGCUGGAGGAACACAAACCCCUUCCGUAAUCAGCUGGGCAGCAUACUGGGAGAAGAUGUCCAGUUUGCAGGUUAUAGGGAGAAUAAUUCCUUAUCCAUUGAGGAGUGCCUGCAACUACUGGAGGCUGAUCCAUCCCUAGGAGAUCAGCAACAUUUGGGAGAUGCUAAUAUGGAAAGAGAGGAAGAAGACCCUCUCCAACACCACAGAUCCCUUCUCUCCCCUCUACUCCCUCAACACGAGCCUCUGCUGGACUUGGAACAGCAAUGGCAAGAUGUUCUGGAUUUAAUGGAUCCACAGGAUAUGGAUGUUGACGCCUCACUAGAUGAUUUUGAUUCCAAUGCCAAUAUUCAAGGGAGUCAAGAAACAAGGGAAAGAGAACAUAUGGGAAAUUCUACCCACCAAGAUCUCAGUCUUCACCAAACCCACCAGUCUGACCAAAACCAUAAUGUUUCAAACUCCUCGAACACGGAUUUCCAUUUUAAUGACUCGGACAUCAUCAAUUUCCUCCUCUCUCCUCCACCAGAAGGCUCUGUUCACAACAAUCACAGUUUACCCAGUUCCCCUUUGGAAGAACAAAAUCUGCCGAGCCUUUUUGAUCCUCUCUUGGAGGACGCCAUGUUUGAGGAGAUCAGUCUGCUGGAUCUAGCCCUGGAGGAAGGAUUUAACUCGUCCCAGGUUUCCCAAAGUGAAGAACAGGAACAAACAGACUCUGACUCUGGACUGUCGCUAGACUUCAGCCAAAGCCCUGCUUCCCCAAGUGGGUCUGAAUCCUCAUGUUCCUCUUCUUCAUCCUCUUGUUCAUCAUCAUCCAUGUCUUCCACAGACUCAACUCUUGAAGAAGGGGCUGUAGGAUAUGUGCAGAUUAAAGAGGAACCCACAGAUGAAGAAGAAGAAGAAGAAGAAGAAGAAGAAGAGGAGGGAGCUGUCGGAGGUUAUAACUCAGAGCAGAACAAGAUGUUCCCCGACAGUUACAUGCAGGCCAGUCAGUUCCACAACCUACCCUGGCUUCAGCAGAUCGAUCACGAUCACACCUACAAUCAGCCCCAGUGUACCAUCCAAAGAAAGUCUCCUAAACAGCGUUCAGAUGAGCUUCUGGAGGAUAAAAUCCAGGAGAAGUUUACCAGCAGAGAUGAGAAGAGAGCGCUUUCCAUGAAGAUCCCCUUUUCCACUGAUUGUAUAAUUAACUUGCCUGUGGAGGAGUUCAACGAGCUUCUUGGCAAAUACCACCUUAGCGAAGCUCAGCUCACGCUUAUCAGAGACAUUCGCCGCAGAGGCAAAAACAAGAUGGCUGCUCAAAACUGUCGCCGGAGAAAGCUGGAUGUCUUGGUCGGCCUGGAGCGCAGCGUCGAUGGGCUGCGACGCCACCGUGCCAGACUGCUGAGGGAAAAGUCUGAAGUUAUGCGCUCUGUCCAAGAGAUGAAGCAACGCCUUAAUGACCUCUAUCAAGAGGUGUACGGUCUUCUCAGGGAGGAACAGGGCAUGCUCUGCUCAGCCAAUGACUUUCUUCUGGAACAGGAAAACAGUAGCCAGGGGCCACUGUCCACACGCUACAGCUCAGAAUCCAGACGAAAAUCCGGUAGUAAAAGAUACAAGAAGGACUGAAGAGGAUAGACCAUUAAUGUUCACUUCCUUUCUGCAGGCCAGACAAUGUCAUUUGCAAAAUCCAGUGAAGAAGAGGAGGCAAGGCAAAGCAAAACAAGAGGACACCCCCUUUAUUACAGCAUGGAAUACUUACUUCAGGGAUUUGCUGUAAUGUAAAGUUUGCUGUCAUGUUUUCAUGUUCAUGUUCAGAUUGCAGGCAAAUCGUAUCUGGUAUUUGCAAGUGAUCAGUUUGAAUUUGCACGUUCAAACAUCACAAACGUAUCUGCAUGGGUUGCUGUGGAAACAAGGUUGGUGUUGGUAACUAACCUGAGAUGUUCUUCUUGGAUGACUCUGGAUUUGAAGAGGUUGUUGAGUUAUUGACGUAGUGUGAUUGAUACAAAAGAAAAAAAAAAGUGAUUUGAGCGUCCAGACUGAGACACAUCUGAACAAUUCUGACUAUAAUCGCAUUACGAACCAGCCUCCAAAUGUGGUUUAAAUCCAAUUAGCAAUAAUCAUUUUUCCUGUGGUUUCUGGCUGUUCACACAAUCAUAAAUCAAUCUGGAUACAAUCUAGAUAUGCCAAAAAUCAGUCAUCAGUCUCACAGUCUGAAAACAGAGUUAGUGGGGUGGGGGGGGGAAGCCACCCUGACAGGGUUGUAUGAAGAGAUACAGAGGAAGGUUAGCAUUAGCAUUAACAGUUGUGCGUUUUAUAAAAGGAGAACAAUGGCAGUGUUACCAUUAGAGAGAAGAUAAGAAGGCAAAGAAAGACAGUAAUCUUGUAUGAGAACAGGAUUAGUUUAAGUUUAAAAAAUAAAGUAUUUUUUUUAAACGGAAGAAACUGCAAAAUCAGUAUGUAUUCAAAUUACACUGAUAUGCCAAAAGUAAUGGGACAGGAUAUUCAGCAUUGACAAUUCUAGCCAGAUGCCACCAGUCACAAUAAUUACCACCCACUGCACUGUCCACUAUGGUGGUAUUAAUGGGUGAUCCCAAGCUGUCCCCUGACGUAACAGAAGUAACACUUUAUGAUCAAUAUAUAUGCUGCUAUCCCAUGACUUUUGGUACACCAGUGUAUUUUGACAGUAUUAUACCAGCACUGCCCGGAUUAUUUAGCACUAGUUGCAAACACACCAUAUUAAGCUUGAGGUUUACAGAUUAAAACGUGUUCAAAUACUUGUAUGAUUUUAUGAUUUGUAUUAUUUUUUGUUUUUAUUUUUUUAAAUCACUGGCAAGACUUUAGCAAGAGGCUAUUGUUUCUAUGAGGGAAACUGGGAAAUGUAAAAAAUGUACAGUACAAAUGAUGUUUUCUAAAUGCCCUGGUAUUCUUUGAGACAGUUGAAAUUGAUAAACUUGAGUCUGUGUAUGCAAUGUACUUGUUCAUGUUUUUAUAAUGCAUUUAUUUUCUUAUUUGUGAAUCUGAAAUACUUGGUGACAAGCUGGGUUUGUUUCCUUCAUUUAAUUAAAGAUAUUUAUGAAGUUUAA